AUGACUGAGGAUCGUGAUCCUCUUGCCAUCACUCUGGAUUCUGAUGAAUUGUCUCCAUCGUCUCCUGUCUGCGGCCAUUAUUUCGGCCUAGAAGUCCUGUCAGGCCUAGUGGCUCAGUGCAACUUCCCGUGGUUGAUGUCCAACGUGAUAGACAACGAGACGGGCCGACCACUCGGCGACGGCAAGAUCACACACGCACUCAUGUGUAAUGGACAUAAGAUCGGAUUCAUUGGAUUGGUCGAACAAGAAUGGUUGGAGACUCUAGCGACUAUAAACCCAGAAGAGGUGACGUUCAUUGACUUCGUACAGGCGGGGACUAAACUAGCGACACAAUUGAAACAAGAGGGUUGUGAGUACGUGAUAGCACUAACACACAUGCGCACUCCGAACGAUAUAAAGCUGGCGGAGGGAUGUAACGACAUCGACCUCAUACUGGGAGGACACGACCAUGUGUAUGAGAUAAACAACAAAUACGUUGUAAAGAGCGGCACAGACUUCCGUCAGUUCAGUAAGAUCAGCAUCAACUUCGGUGAGGAAGGUGUACAGGUUGAUAUCGCGGAGAUGGACGUCACAAGCGCGUACGCAGAGGAUCUCGUGUUGAAGGAGAAAACUGAUAAGUAUUCUUCAAUGAUCGAAGGCAAAAUGGACGAGGUGUUAGGCAAGAUCUGCGUUCCACUGGAAGGUCGGUUCUCCUGCAUCAGACGGCAGGAGUGUAACCUGGGGAACUGGAUCUGUGAUAUACUACUCGCUGCUACUGGGGCUGAUCUUGUAGUACUCAAUUCUGGCACUUUUCGGUCUGAUCAGGUCCACGCAGCCGGUGACUUUACUCUCCGAGACCUGUCAACAAUAAUCCCCAUGCGGGACCCACUCGUAGUGGUGGAAGCCACCGGGGAGGUCAUACUGCAAGUCUUAGAGAACUCGGUGUCUAAAUACCCGAGCUUGGAGGGACGGUUUCCUCAGGUUGCAGGAGUAUCCUUCGCCUUCGACCCCUCAAAGCCAGCAGGUCAGAGAGUGGCGGAGCAGGUCGUGAAGAUAGGAGACGAGUACCUGCAGAAGGAGCAGGUCUACCGACUGGCUGUCAAGCAGUACCUUCAUAGUGGGAACGAUGGAUUUACUAUGCUGCCUAAGUGUAAGAUACUGAUCCCAGAAGACAUGUGUCCGGAGAUAGGCAUGGCGAUCCAGAACCACUUCGCGGCCAUCAACGUCCGCACCGGCCGGUCGCGGCCCAGCAAACAUCGACAGUCUCUCGUCACGCUCAGUCGGAGACACAGUCUAGUGAAGAUGUUAGACGGCAGUGAGUUGGACGGUCCCCCGCCACUGCGGCGCGCGUCGUCCGCUGCCGCCGAGCCAAUGUCGCAUACUGGACAUCACAGCCAUCGACGUCCCACUGCAGGACCGUGGUCUCCCUACCCUCCGUACGGCGCCGAGCCAUCAGACCACCACGGAUGGGACCCAAUAGAGCUGAUGCCGAUACGGAGCCGCGAAGGACUUAACGGGUUUCCGGGGCUCCGGCUCGAAGUGCAGGAGUGGGAACAGGACGACUUGGAACAACAAUCCUGUGAGCUAGCACCGAGACUGGAAAACAGGAUCAUAGUGCUCAAUAAACCAGAGGAACUACAAGCCUUAAUCGCAGAGCGUACUCGCUGGGAAUCCGACACCGUCAUCCGUGAAGUGGAUGAUGAAGGUUCACCCUAAGAUCUACCUUCCCUGUACGGCUGCUUCAUUUGGUACCGGCACUUUCAGAAGUAGCACUCUAAGUACCACUUGACACUACGCCACUUGGUACCACAGUUACAGGAUCAGUUCCAAGGUACCAAAGACCUUUUAGUGAUAUUUCGGUUGUACAACGGUACCAAUUUUUGUGUGUUAAUUAAUUUAUUUUUGUAUUUCGUGUGGUACUAAAAAGUACCAGUUGAUUAAUUUUUGGAUUUUGUGUCUGUCUACUAAGAUUAGUGAAGGAUGAUUAUUUUGUCGUGGAAAUUGUUACAUGUUAUGUUUUUAUGAUUGACUUUUGAAUUAUUAUCUUUUCAAAACACAAUUUUGUCACUGCAAAGUUUAAAAUUGAUUUGAGAAAUGGUGAAAUUUCGUAACAUAAUAAGAUUCGCUUUAAGUUUAAAAAUGUAUAGCAUACAAGCGCAAAGUUAACAUUUCAGUGACAUUAUUGAUAUAUGGUGAGUUUGUUUUAAGAUUUGGAUAUUACAUCGAUUAAGGGGGCGACAGGGAAGAAAUUUCUUGAUUGAUUACAGCGUUAAUGUAGAAAAUGUUUGAGUGUAGAAAUGUAGUUGUAGAUGGUGAAUUUGUGUUUUGGUUGAAGUGAAUAAAGUAUUUUUAUGCGAUAAGCCGGUAAACGAAUAGACGGAUCACCUGAUAGGCAUCGGCGUCGCCCAUGGAUACUUAAAACACC